UCCAUGACAUAUGCUUACUCCCCUUAUUUGGAGUAAUUGGCAAGUCUAAAAAACACCCCUUUAUAAAAAAGUGGACUGGCCCAAGUGGCCAAUAUCGAUCCCCAACUCAUUAUGUAUUCAUAUUUAAUUCUUGCCACGUAGGAGUAAUUGGAAUUUUUCAAGUCAAUAUAUAUCGUACGAUCUAUUCACUCAACAAAUUUCUGUUACUUAUAAGUCAGAAUUUGUUUUUUGAAUAGAGAGUAUCAUAGUCAUAACUUUAGUCUAGUAUGGCAGAACAGGGCUCUAUUCAGGGUGAAGUUACUUCUGAAUUGAACUUGAACGGUCCCUCGACCUCGUCAACUUUGACCGGGAAUGAAGUGAUAAACGACGUCUCUUUGGCUACCACAUCCGUCACAGAUUAUGUCCAAUCCUUAGUGGAAGAGGCGGUGACUAGGAAAAUGGCCACCCUUGGAAACAGGCCACCAACGAGACCUCCUUCUGACCGUAGAAGCCCGUCUUCAAGCUAUUUACACAACUCGGAAUACUCGCUUCCGAGAGAGCAGUCCCCCCGGAGCAGUAAGAAGGCCGUAGAGACGGGAAAACGAGAUUCUAAACCUCGUAUUUUGGAUUCUGAUGACAACGAGCCGUCUAAAUCUAAGUCCUCUGAAGAAGAAACGGUCUUGUUAGUUCGUUCCUUAUGGGAUUCAACCAUAUCAGCCUUAGAAAUUGACCAAGUCAACAGCUCCACUAAUUCUAAAGAAUCUUUGACUAGGGUAGCUCUCCAGAAAGUUGAUGAAUCUUCAGUCACUAAAGCUUCAUUACCUUGUCCCCCAGUGUUCCAUCAGUUGGUGCAGAAUAUCAAUAAUCAGAUCUCAUCUGCCACUUCCGGUUUCAACACAAAGGGAAAACUCUUCAGAAUCAAAUCUUCAAAUUAUAGAUUAGCCAAGGGAGAUGAUUCAGUCGUACGGCCCCUCAAACUCAAUAAUUCACUUGGAAACUUAGUCCCAAAUGAUAAAACCUUCAGUGAUUUCUUCAAGAAUGCUGAUACUAAAACUCAACUCUCCAAUAAAAACUGGAAGGGUCUCGAAGAGAACUUGAGGGCUGUCCUUCAACCUUUGGUGUACUCAGAGUGGUAUAUAGGUUCUGUUUCAAAGUUAGUUACCCAACUCACAGCACACUUAUCCAACAACACGGAUCCACUAGUUACCCAGUUGUUAGAUUCCAUGGGCGAUUUACUCCUUAGGGGUUCGACAGCCUCUGUUACUGCUACUGAAGGUAUUCUCAAGACUCUCACCAACUCAGCAUUACUUCAACGUGAUCUGAUUCAAGAACAAGUACCAACACGCUUCCGCGAAUCUAUGAGGGUACUACCAGUUGAGCAUACAUCUACCACUUUGUAUCCAGAGUCACAACUUAAAGAUUUGGUUGACUCAGCCUCCUCAAAUCUGACAAACCAAGCACUAGUUACCUUGGCCCAGUCCAGUUCUAGAUCUAGUAAAGACAAAGACAGGUCCCAACGCCAAUCCAGGUCUGACUACAGGAAGAAAUCUUCUAACAAAGAUUGGUCCAAAUCACAAGACAAACCCAAGUCAGAUUUUCGUGAUUCCAAGAAGAAAUACGACAAUAAAGGUGGUAAGCACUUCAACAAAGACAACAGAUUCUCCAAGAAGUGA